AUGAUCACGGAUGUGUUCAACCGGCUCGUUUCGGCGUGCCACACCAAGUGCAUUAGCGACCGCUACGCCGAGGCUGACCUGAACAAGGGCGAGAGCGUAUGUGUGGACCGUUGCGUCAGCAAGUUCUUCGCCGUGAACGCCAAAGUGGGCGAGCACAUGCAGGCCAUGGGCCAGGCCGCCGGCGCCGCGAACGGCGGCCGCAUGUUCGGCUAA